GGUCGUUUCUGAAAGGUCAUUGACCCGCUUGCACCAUUUCAAACCACAAACAGAAAAUAAGAAGGAGGAGGUAACCAUGAUGUUUAGAGUAAAUUUGAGCCACGCUACAUUUCAUUUGAACGUAUUCAGUUCAAGGCGAUGGUGCCUCUGCCCAUUAUCAUAAUUUGAUUGAGAAUGGCAUAGGCGCACUCGCCUCACACUGAGGGAGUUGCUCUAUCUAUGCCCAGAUUUAAUCCAGAUUUUUGGGAGAUUCCGGUCCCACCGGAAUUUUUUGACCAGUUCACCACCGAAGACUAUUUCUGGUAUCGAGCACCUGAUGACGAAUAUAUGGAGAGGCAUCGUGCCAAACGGCAGGCAGUCUUGGAACAAGUUCGUCAAAUUAUCGCCAAGGAAUUAACCAAACGUCAAACUGAGUGUGUCCACCUCUAUUUCUAUAAAGGCAAAACGCAAGAGGAGAUAGGAGACAUCCUCGGCAUUUCUCGGCGUGUUGUCAGCCAACACCUCUUUGGUGUCACGCGAGACGGGAAGCAGGUAGGCGGGGCGAUUAACAAAAUCCGAAAGGUGUGUCGAAAACUCGGAAUAGAAUUUCCAUAG